AUGAACACUGCUUCUCUCGUCCGCUCCCUAACCCGCGUGGCUCUCCGAUCCACAAACGUUGUCAAAAUGGUAUCUCCGCGUCAUUUUUCACAAACCGCCAAAGUUAUGUCGGUCACCCCCGAACUCCAACAGGCUCUGAACCGCGAGAUAGAGGCUGAACAACAAUUGAGCAAAGACAAUCUUCAAGGCGCUGUAGCCCCUACUUUCCCAGGAUUCGCUGUCACAACCAAAGAAGCUGAAGUUCGACUUACAAAGAAGAAUGGAAAUGAAGAUAUUCUUGUUGUUUUCAACGUGAAUCACUCUGUCGACAUGGAUGAGGGAUUUGAUGAUGAGCCAUCUCAAGCCGUGGCUCCGGUUCCAGUUGCUCUUCCUCCAUUCACCGUCGAAAUUACCAAAGGAGAUCAAAGACUCUGCUUCCAUCUCGAGCUUGUUCCGGUUGAUGAUCAACCAGAUGAGUACGACUUCCGUGUAGAAGAGUUUUACGUAGCUCCAUCAGCUAACAAUGGAAAUGAAGAUGUACCAUCGGAAGUUUAUGCUAGUAGCGGAAAGUACAUUGAUCCGGACCUCCACGAUCUCUUGUUCGUGCGUUAUUUGGAAGAACGCGGUCUUGACGCUCGGUUCUGCAAAACUCUUGUUGCGUACGCCACUCAUUAUGAACACUCGCAAUACGUUGGACUCUUGGAUAAGAUUAAGAAGUUCAUUUCCAAAUAG